AUGAGCGAAGAUAAAGCCAAAUUAGCAACUGCCAGGUCGGCUACAGAAUACCGGCUAUCUAUCGGUAGCGCCCCGACUUCGAGAAGGUCUUCCAUAGGUGAAUCCUCAUCCGUGGCAAAAUUUACUGGUCAAGAAGGGCUAACGGGAUCAACUGGAGAGUGCAGUGAAAACGCCAUACAGCAGGUUCUGUUGCCGAAGAUCAGAGAAUUGACCGAUUCCAUUAUCACUUUAGAUUCAAAUUUUACGCACUUGAACUUUAUUCACGAGAGUUUGGCUGACCUGAAUGAAUCACUAGGUUCGUUGUUGUAUGGUAUCAUGAGCAAUUCAUGGUGCGUAGAGUUUUCACAGGCGCCUCAUGAUAUCCAAGAGGAUCUGAUCGCUAUCAAACAGUUGGAAUCGUUAGAAGAUGAGAAAAAAAACUUAUUAGAGGAAAUUUCCAACAUAGAACGUGGGGCUUCGAAAACAAAUGCUGAUGUGUCAAGAGAAAAUAAACUGGAUAAAGAUUCCCAGAAGAAACAGUUCAGCCAACCGCUGUUCCCUUCCUCGCAAGUAAGAAAGUAUAGACCAUACGACAACAAAGAUAAAAGAAGGUCUACUAAGGCCGCCAACAACUUGUCAACAGACAAUGAAGAGGAUUAUGAUGACGAUACUAGCAGCGAGGCGUCCUUUGUUCUAAACCCGACAAACAUAGGGACAUCCAAAUCCUCUCAAGGGCACGUAAGUAAAAAUGCGCGUUCCAAUAACAAUAACAAUAGUAAGCUAAGGCGGAAAUCAAUCCUACACACAAUAAGAAAUAGCAUUGCCUCUGGAGCUGAUUUGCCAGGCAUCGAAAACGAUAACGUCAUCAAUUUAGGCGAUUUGCAUAAUCGAAUAUCGCUCGGAAGUGGUGCCGCUAGGAUAGUCAAUGGUCCCAUGGCAAAAAAGAGGCAUUCCAUGUUCACUGGAAAUGCAGAAAGGACUUCCACAGAAAACAGACACUCAAUCGCAAAAAAACCUGAGAAAAAGCUGAGCGCAAGACCGCCUUUCAGGUAA